ACCUGCCACGUUUACCCACAAACCAGCUUUCCUUGGUGAGGGCUUAUAAUAACUUCUCGUGGGAGGCUUCGCCAUUUGGUCAGGAUCCCAGCUCUCCAGCCACACCAUGGGACCCUCUGUGCUGGCCCUCUUGGUGGGCCUCCUGGUUCUUUGUCCUGAACCAACAUCAGCCAACAGCCCAAAGCGAUUGUGCCCAAAAGAAAAGCCCGGAAAGUGUCCUGUUUCACCAGCUUCUGAAACUUGUAAAAAGGCGUGUCUGGACGAUAACGGCUGCCCUGGAGACCUGAAGUGUUGCUUCAAAGGCUGUGGACGCAGUUGUGAGAAGCCAGUGAUCACUGUCAAGCCUGGCGUUUGUCCCAUGUUCAAGAUCCCUUCUGGGCUGCCAUGUGAGUACAAAUGCUGCCAGGACUCUGACUGCCUAGGAAACGAGAAGUGUUGCCCCCAGGGACCCUGUCGGACCGUCUGUUUUACACCAGGUUUUUAG